AGAAGAGCCCAACGAAUUCCCUUCGGCCUGUCCUUCACAUGUAUCGCAUGAACACUUCAAACAGAAUCAUUUGAAUUUUCCCGUGCACCUGAGAUCUUAACGAGGUGACGUCACCUAAGGUCUGAGCGCAGCGUCGGUGAACGGAAAGAUCCUCGACAAUCCUCUACAGUCCAAUCUGAAUACCUCAGUACCGCGCAAGUUUACUGUCUUCGCCUGUAUACUUUUUUCAUUCGCUCCCAAUUUGGAUAAUAUCGUGUGUGUCGUUUUUAUUUCUUUGCUAUUAUGGCACACCUCAUUAGAGAUAUGACAGGAGGGUGACUUUCUCGUUCUCUCUCCUCCUCUUUGCCCCUACGCUGUAAUUCUCUCUAACACCUUACAGGUUUGUACAGUUUCCUGGUAACUCUCAUAGGAGAAGCAUCCAAAUAACUUCUCUUCCUCUCUCUUCAUUCCAAAGCACAGGUCUUUGCGCAUGGCGAAUAGCUCUGCACCACCAUAUACUGGACCACCGCUGGAGUCCUCCAGUUAUGCACAGCAGAAAGCCCACGCUCCUCAGCCAGCUCCUCGCACACACCUAAGCACUGUACAGAGUGGUCCCUAUAAUCACCAGCAGUCUCCUGGCCCUCAACACCACAGUCCUUUGCCCAUGGAGAACAUCCCUGAUCCACCAUAUCCUGGCCCACCUCUGGACUCUUGGUCCAGCAGUAACUUCACACCCUAUCCAUCUCCUCAGACACACCACAUCCCGCCGGAGGGUAGUCCCUAUACUCACCUGCACCCUCCAGGUCCUCAACGCCAAAGUUCUUUGCCCACAGAGAAGAUGUCCAUGCGUACGUAUUCUGGCCCACCACUGGGGUUUGAUUCCACCAUUUCAGACCAAAAAGCCUUCAACUACGCUCCAGCUCCUCACACACACUACAGAAGUGAAGGGGAUUGCAAGGGAAGUCCCUGUACUCAUCUGCCCUCUCCUAAUCAUCAACACCCCUGCCAUUCGGAGCCAUCUGGAACAUACAGAGAGGGUGUUCCCUGUCAACACGCACAUUCAGACUGUAAGUCCACCUGCUGUCCUCAACCUGCAAAUCACAGCAUGAUGAAGCACAAGGGCUUCCCUCACGCACAGCCCCAGAUGGAGCAUCAUUGUUGCUCCGAGAAGAGAACCACUGAUUACUUCAAGCACACUACGGAGUACAGGAAAACCAGUGUAAACAACCUAUCUCCAUAUCCACCGUAUCCCAGCCCCGGUCUGAACCUGCAGCCACCCAACCCUGUGCAGCAAAUUAUAACAGAUACCCCUGCACCCAUGUAUACACCUGGAUACCAUUAUUAUACCACUCAGGCGACUCAGCCAGGGGUCCAAGUGGUCCACAGCGGCAGGACUCAGAUGGUAAUCCAGCCCCCUAGGCAGACAAUGGUGGUCGGCGGGGCAACACACACCAUAAUCCAGCCUGCUGCUCCACCUACUAUGGUGAUCCAGCGGGCAAAUCCGACUGUUAGAGUCAUCCAGCCGCAGGUUCUGCCUACAGUAAUCCAGCAACCCGCAGCCAACACCGUGGUUUAUCGCCGUUAUUACUGAAGUCAUGCGAGUGAACCCUUCCAGGACAACAUGGACGACGCUCCAGUGAAGACUCCAGCGGGAUUUUACGCCAUGUCGAAAAUUCUUCCCGUAUUCAUUAUCGAGUUGUUAAUCAGAUCGUAAAAUAAGCGCAGAGUUACGCUCGAACAUCAGCUCUCCUUGUUCACUCAAACUCCUCGUCCGUCCUCGCGAAGAUUUUCUUCUUCUUCUCUUUUGUGUAUCCGUGGUGAUUAGAUGUAGCGUGCUAAAUCCUUAUGUUAUUGGUGUAUUACCACAAAACCUACAGCGCGGUACGAGUCAGGUGUGCAUAAACGGUACUCGUGUAAUAAAGUAGUAAAGUCAUACGUUUUGAUGAAUAAGGGACAGUAACAAGUACCGCUGUAUAUCAGAUCAGAUAUGAGAUUAAGAUCAUUGCGAUGCGAUUCAUGGUUUCUGGGUAAGGUUUUCUCCUCGAGGUGUUAGCAGCCUUUCAAACGAGGCUUUUGGGGUUUUUUUUUUUCUUUAAUGGUAUAAAAAGCUCCAGAGUGAGAACAUGCACACUGCAAAGGAGGUGCAUGAUUGUAAGGGGAGGGGGGAUGUGGCGGGGGGACAUCCAUUUCGACGAUGUUCAUUUACCUAUCAAUAUAACAUCACAAUAAAAUCUGAUUAAAUCACACUUUCUCCUGUAUCAACACAAGACUGUUCACUUACUGACUAAAGACGCUCACAAACGCUCAUAAACCACUUUGUAAAUGUCACACAGGGCUUAAGAAAGUGUUAUAAAGUCUCCCAUAUGUGUUAUAAUGCAUCCUAUUAGCACUUUAUAAACGCAUUAUAAAUAUGGCUACAAACCCUGUUUCCUUUUAAAUAAUCAUAACAGUGUGCAGAACACCUUGCGAAUGCAUUGUAAACAUGUUACGCAGGUACUUGUGGGUCAUGACAUAUUUGGCCUCUGUGGAAAGUGUUACUAUAUAUCCGUAAGCUAGUCAAACGUUUGGACACGUGAGAUUGAAUACACGUAUAAAUGUGUAUUUUUUUUUGUUUUUCCCAUUGUCUUAACCCUCGUGUUUUAUUUGUUUACUCGUUGUUUGGUGUCGCGGAGACCUCAGUCGCUUGUGUCUGACGUUAUAAUAAACAUUCUAUUGAAUCAUGAA